AUGAAAUACAUCACAAAGAAAAACGACAAGGACAGACAACCAACAACAGCAACAAGGCCAGGAACAGCAACACGCAACAGCUUUCCGAGCGCCGAAAGCAAAAACAGUAUCGAAAAUCAUCACUACGAAAAUGUCCAACACAAGGUCGUGACAAAAAUGGUGAAGUCCGUUAGCUAUCGUCAGCGAAGUCUAAAUUCCACUAAACUUGCCCCUGCCCCAUCGCCCUCCGACCCACGCCACCCAACAACAACAGCAAUGUGCAACAUCACCGCCCCAAGCACGCCCGAUCUUAUCUCCAUCGUCUUAUCGCAAGCAAGCGGAGGACCCACGUCCAACCUCCAAGCACAGCCGACAGCCUCCGAGCACCGCCGACAGUCUCCGAGCACAGCUUUUGAGCACAGCCGACAGCCUCCGAGUACCGCCGACAGUCUCCAAGUACAGCCGACAGCCUCCGAGCACCGCCAACAGCCUCCGAGCACCGCCGACAGUCUCCAAGCACCGCCGACAGCCUCCAAGCACCGCCGACAGCCUCCGAGCACCGCCGACAGUCUCCAAGCACAGCCGACAGCCUCCGAGCACCGCCGACAGUCUCCAAGCACAGCCGACAGCCUCCAAGCACCGCCGACAGCCUCCAAGCACCGCCGACAGCCUCCAAGCACCGCCGACAGCCUCCAAGCACCGCCGACAGUCUCCGAGCACCGCCGACAGCCUCCAAGCAUCGCCGACAGCCUCCGAGCACAGCCGACAGCUUCCGAGCACCGCCGACAGCCUCCGAGCACUGCCGACAGCCUCCGAGCACCGCCGACAGCCUCCGAGCACCGCCGACAGCCUCCGAGUACAUCCGACAGUCUCCAAGCACCGCCGACAGCCUCCGAGCACCGCCGACAGCUUCCGAGCACCGCCGACAGCCUCCAAGCACCGCCGACAGCCUCCGAGCACCGCCGACAGCCUCCAAGCACCGCCGACAGCCUCCAAGCACCGCCGACAGCCUCCGAGCACCGCCGACAGCCUCCGAGCACCGCCGACAGCCUCCGAGCACCGCCGACAGCCUCCAAGCACCGCCGACAGUCUCCAAGCAUCGCCGACAGCCUCCGAGCACCCCCGACAGCUUCCGAGCACCGCCGACAGCCUCCGAGCACCGCCGACAGCCUCCAAGCACCGCCGACAGCCUCCGAGCACCGCCGACAGCCUCCGAGCACCGCCGACAGCCUCCAAGCACCGCCGACAGCCUCCGAGCACCGCCGACAGCCUCCGAGCACCGCCGACAGCCUCCAAGCACCGCCGACAGCCUCCGAGCACCGCCGACAGUCUCCAAGCACCGCCGACAGUCUCCAAGCACCGCCGACAGCCUCCGAGUACAACCGACAGCCUCCGAGUACAGCCGACAGCCUCGGGCGUGAGCUUGAUGUGCCUUUACGGACUGCCUACCAGAGGAAUCUGAGUUGUCGUACUCAGAGCAAUGUUGGGAUGUUCCCGAGUUUGGAGAAUGCAUCUUUUGCUAAUACGACUCUGCGUCUGAUUUCCUUCUUGCAACGAGCAUCUGAGACGACAAGAGCUCCUAAUUAA